AUGGGCAGCAGGGCGGCCCUGCUGGGCGGCCUCCUCUUCCUGGUGGGGGGCUCCUCCUCCUCCUCCUCCGGGGAGCCCUCCGGGGCUGCAGCCCGGGAGGCGGAGGCCGUGCGGGGCCUCCUCAAACGGCUGCUGGGGCCCGCGGCGGCCGGGAACUUCUCGGUGACGGUGAACCGGUCGCUGUCCCCGGGGCCCGGCGGGGACACCUACCUGCUGGACGGCGGCGGGGGCGGGGGGGUCCCGGUGCGGGUGGCGGGGUCCUCCGGGGUGGCGGCGGCCGCCGGCCUGCACCGCUACCUGCGGGACUUCUGCGGCUGCCAGGUGGCCUGGUCCGGCCCGCAGCUCCGCCUGCCCGACACUCUGCCCGCCGUGCCCGGCCCGGGCAUCCUCCACACGGCGCCCUAUAGGUACCGCUACUACCAGAACGUUUGCACUCAGAGCUAUUCCUUCACCUUCUGGGACUGGGACCGCUGGGAGCGGGAGCUGGACUGGAUGGCGCUGAACGGCUUCAACCUGGCGCUGGCCUUCUCCGGACAAGAAGCCAUCUGGCAGCAGGUGUACCGGACCCUGGGGCUGAACCAGACGGAGAUCGAUGAGCACUUCACCGGCCCCAGCUUCCUGGCCUGGGGACGCAUGGGCAACCUGCACACCUGGGGUGGGCCGCUGCCUCCCUCGUGGCACAUCAAGCAGCUCUCCCUGCAGUAUCGGAUCCUGGACAGGAUGAGAUCCUUCGGGAUGAUGGCGGUGCUGCCCGCCUUCGCGGGCCACGUGCCCCGGGCCCUGGCCAGGGUGUACCCUAAUGCCAACAUCACCGUGCUUGGCAGCUGGAGCCACUUUGAUUGCACGUACUCGUGCGCUUCCCUGCUGGCCCCAGACGACCCCCUGUUCCCCGUCAUCGGCCGCAUGUUCCUGCAGGAACUAACCCGCAUGUUCGGCUCUGACCACUUCUACUCGGCCGACACCUUCAAUGAGAUGCGGCCCCCCUCGGCCGAUCCCGCCUACUUGGGGGCCGCCACCGCGGCAGUGUACAAGGCCAUGGUGGCAGUGGACCCCGAGGCCACGUGGGUGCUGCAGGCCUGGAUGUUCCAGAACGACCCUGACUUCUGGGGCCCCGAGCAGGCACGGGCCGUGCUGGAGGCCGUGCCCCUCGGGCGGCUGCUCGUCCUCGACCUGUUCGCCGAGUCGCGGCCCGUGUACCCGCAGACGGCCUCCUUUGCCGGCCAGCCCUUCAUCUGGUGCCUCCUGCACAACUUCGGCGGCAACCACGGGCUCUUCGGGGCCCUGGAGGCCCUGAACGGCGGGCCCGCCGCCGCCCGCCGCUUCCCCGGCUCCACGCUGGCCGGGGUGGGCAUGGCCCCCGAGGGCAUCGAGCAGAACGAGGUGGUGUACGCGCUCCUGGCCGAGCUGGGCUGGCGGCGGGACCCCGUGCCCGACCUGGGCUCCUGGCUGGAGGGCUGGGCCGCCCGGCGCUACGGGGCGGCCCACCCCGGGGCGGCGGCCGCCUGGCGCCACUUGAUGCGCAGCGUCUACUCGUGCCCGGCCCCGGCCUGCUCGGGCCACAACCGCAGCCCCCUCGUGCGGCGCCCGUCGCUGCGACUGGACCCGGCGGUGCCCUACAACCGCUCGGACGUGCUGGAGGCCUGGCGCCUGUUGCUGGAGGCCGCGCCGGCCCUGGCCUCCAGCCCGGCCUACCGCUACGACCUGCUUGACGUCAGCCGCCAGGCCGGCCAGGAGCUGGCCUCCCAGCUCUUCGCCGAGCUGCGCGACGCCUACCGCGCCCGCCGGCUGCCCGCCCUGCUGGCGGCCGGCGGGCUCCUGGCCUUCGACCUGCUGCCCUCCCUGGACGCGCUGCUGGGCUCCGACGGCCGCUUCCUGCUGGGCACCGAGCUGGCGAGGGCGCAGGAGGCGGGCGCCGGCGCGGGCGAGGCCCGGCGCUACGAGCGCGGCGCCCGCUACCUGGUCACGCUCUGGGGCCCCGACGGCAACAUCCUGGACUACGGGAACCGCCAGCUGUCCGGGCUGCUGGCCGACUACUACGCCCCGCGCUGGGCCCUGUUCGCCGGCCAGCUGGCCGACAGCCUGGCCCGCGGCCUGCCUUUCCGCCAGGACGUCUUCGAGCGGGAGGCCCUGCGGCUCGGGCGGGCCUUCGUGCUCGGCUCCCGGCGCUAUCCGGUCCAGCCGACCGGCGACACUGUGGCACUGGCACGGAAGCUGUUCCUCAAGUACUACCCCGGCCGGCGCCGCUGACCCCGCGCCGACCGGGCACCGACCCACCGGCC